CUUGCGACCUAGGUAGUCAACCAGGGGCACUAGAAUGCACGGCCAUCACCAUGCACUUCUCGUGACUUCUCCAUCCCGAUCCAUUCUUCUCGUUGCCAUCAACCGAUGUUUACCCAUUGACCUUAUCAACCAUUCAUUGACUUGGUACUUCUAGUACUCGUAUUCGCAGUGGUAUCUAUCUCAGUCUUUUACUGUACAUCUUAUCUACAGCACACUCUUUACUUCUUGACGCUUGUUUGACCUUUUGGACAACCAAAUCUUGAACCCAGACAGCUGGCCAGCAUGGGUUCUAUCGCCCCCCAGACCAACUUCGAUGUCGAAGAAGUCCUCCCGCAACUCACUACAUCCGAGAAGGUGGAUUUGCUUUCGGGCAUUGACUUCUGGCACACCGCUCCUGUCCAUAGAUUAGGUGUUCCCUCGAUACGACUCUCCGAUGGACCCAAUGGCGUCCGUGGCACUCGCUUUUUCAAUGGCGUACCUGCUGCCUGUCUUCCCUGUGGCAAGUGCGCUUCCUGUUGUCAAAUCGAACGACCACUAACGCAACACAGGAACCGGACUUGCCGCAACCUGGGAUAUCGACCUUGUGAAGAAGGGGGGGAGACUCCAAGGCCAUGAAGCCAUCGCCAAGGGUGCUUCCGUCAUUCUAGGCCCAACGACCAACAUGCAGAGAUCUCCUCUGGGUGGUCGAGGGUUUGAGAGUUUCAGUGAGGAUCCCUACCUUGCAGGUGCAAUGAGCGCCGCCACCGUCAACGGUAUUCAGUCAACCGGUGUUGCUGCCACUAUCAAACAUUACGUUUGCAACGACCAAGAAGAUCAAAGACAGGCAGUCGACAGUAUAUUAACAGAACGAGCCCUUCGAGAAAUCUACCUGAUGCCUUUCAUGAUCGCACAGCGCGAUUCCAAGCCAGAAUGUUACAUGACGGCUUACAACCGAGUGAAUGGCGUCCACGCCAGCGAGAACCCUCGACUUCUGCAAGAAGUCCUCCGCGGCGAGUGGGGCUUCGAUGGCUUGGUUAUGAGUGACUGGUUUGGUACAUACUCAACGACGGAAUCCAUCAAAGCAGGUCUCGAUCUUGAAAUGCCGGGCCCUUCCUACGUCCGUGGGAAAUUGGUCAACCAAGCCCUCGGCUGCGGGAAACUCUCCUUAUAUGACGUCGACCAGCGAGUACGGGAGGUGCUCAAGCUCGUUCAAAUGACUUUAUCUCUUGGCAUUCCCGAGAACGCCCCUGAGACGACUGUCGAUACUCCCGAGACUGCCGCUUUGCUCCGGAAGAUAGCGUCGAACGGAAUCGUCCUCAUGAAGAAUGAAAACAAUGUCCUACCAUUCGACAACAGCAAGACUACAGCCAUCAUCGGACCUAACGCUGCGUAUGCUGCCUACUGCGGUGGUGGCUCAGCUUCACUUCUGCCCUACUACGCCAUCAGUCCACUUGAUGGGCUCCGAGCCCAAGCACCAGACGCGAAAUAUGCACUUGGUGCUCCUGGCUGGAAAUCUCUUCCACUCAUGACUCGGCUUGCCAAAACAAAGGACGACAAGCCCGGCUUGACCAUGAGAGUGUUCCUGGACCCGCCUUCUGAGAGAGAUCGCAAGCCUAUAGAUGAGGUUUAUGUCAGCAACUCAGAUAUUCUGCUCGUUGACUACAAGCAUCCUCUGAUCAAGACCUCUCUCUAUUGGGUUGAAUUGGACGGUACUUUCACUCCCUCAGAGACCUGCGAAUAUGAAUUUAGUCUGGCAGUUGCUGGCACUGGCAAGAUCUUCGUCGACGGAGAAUGUGUGGUAGACAACGAAACAAAGCAACGACCAGGAGAUUCAUUCUUUGGCGCCGGCACAGCCGAAGAAAUUGGUACUCUGAAAUUGAACCAGGGCGAAACAUACAACAUCCACAUCACAUUUGGCACCUUCCCAACCAUGCGGUUCAACACCCACGGAGCGACUGGCUUCGGGGCUGGCGGCUUGAGAAUUGGGCUUGAACGCAAGGCCGAGAUCGAGACAGAGAUUGAGAGAGCCGUCAGAAUUGCCAAACAGGCUGAACAAGUGGUUUUGUGCGCCGGUCUCAACAAAGACUGGGAAUCUGAAGGCUAUGACCGACAGCACAUGGAUCUCCCACCAGGUAGUGAUGACCUGAUUAAGGCCGUUCUUGCAGCAAACCCGAACACUGCCAUAGUCAUCCAAUCCGGGACGCCUGUUGCUAUGCCGUGGUUGAAGGAAGCACCUGCUCUCCUCCAAGCUUGGUACGGUGGUAAUGAGACAGGCAAUGCCAUUGCAGAUGUUGUCUUCGGCAAGACCAAUCCAAGUGGGAAGCUUCCUUUGAGUUUCCCGGUCAGAAAUGAGGAUAAUCCGGCUUUCCUGAACUACAAGUCAGAGCGCAACCGAGCCAUCUACGGCGAGGAUGUGUAUGUCGGAUAUCGAUUCUACGAAAAGACCAAGAAAGAAGUCGCUUUCCCCUUCGGCCACGGUCUGAGCUACACUACAUUCUACAUCAAGGACUUGUCCAUUGAGGAUGACGAGGCCAAUAUUGUGAUAACCGCGUCCGUGACAAAUACCGGCAAUGUUGAUGGUGCACAAGUUGUUCAAGCAUAUGUAUCACAACAGAACCCAAGCGUCAACCGACCUCCAAAAGAGCUGAAGGGGUUCGCCAAGGUGUUCGUUAAAGCCGGAGCCAUCGAAAAGGUCAAGAUACUUAUGUCCAAAAAAUAUGCAGCAAGUUUCUGGGAUGAGGCACGAGAUUCCUGGACGAUGGAGAAGGGUGCGUAUGAUGUGCUGGUUGGCGAUUCUAGCUCGUCUACGCCUCUCCAAGGGCAAUUCAAGGUCCGAGAGACAAGAUGGUGGAGGGGUUUGUAAGGCAAUGUUGGGUGAGCAUGUAAGGAUGGAUUGACUACGCAUGCUUUUCCUGAUGCACACUGGUGUGGCUGGUAAUGUGUUUUUCUUCGUUGUGUGAACGAAUAGAGGUGCGGAUAUUAUAGUUUCCGAAUGGAUAUCGGAUGGGCAGACUUAUCAAACCAAAGAUUAGAGAGCAUGCCUCAUGAAUAUACUUGUCUGUACGAUGA